GUUCUACGAAACAUACAACUAAACUUCUUUACCUUGUUGAGAGAUAUUUCAAUUAUUAAAAACAAAGAAAAGUUAAAAAUGUCGGAGGGACAAUUCACGGUGGUGAGGCUACUUGGGGAAGGGGGUUUCGGCAAAGUGUUUUUAAUAGAAGACAAAUCUGAUCCGUCAACAAAACAAGCCUUAAAACUGAUGGAUAUUGGAUCAAUGGAUGCAGACACGCUGGCCCUGACGUUACAAGAGAUCAAGCUUCUCUCCGAACUCGAGCACGAGCACGUGCUAUCCUUCGUCGCGAGCUUUGUGCAAGAUGACAAGAUCUGUAUUGUGACAGAAUUUUGUCCAAAUGGAGAUCUAUCCGAUUACAUAAACAAUCAGCAUGGGAAUCCAUUAGAGGAACUGCGGCUUAUAGAAUGGUUUCGACAGAUUGCCAGUGCAAUAGAGUAUCUUCAUGAUAGAAAUAUCAUACAUCGAGACCUGAAGUCUCAGAAUAUAUUUUUGGAUGCAAAUAUGAAUUGCAAACUGGGAGAUUUUGGAAUAGCAAGAGUAUUAGAUCCUGUGAUAAACAUGGCCCAGACACAGAUUGGAACACCACAUUAUAUGAGCCCAGAAAUAUUCAUGGGAAUAGGUUAUAAUGCCAAGACAGAUAUUUGGUCUCUUUCUAUACUGAUAUACGAGCUGGCAACAUUGGAGAAGCCAUUUGACGCUCUAUUUAUGCCAAUGCUUAUAUUUAACAUUACAAGAGGCGAGAAACCCACAAUGCCAACCCAGUACCGACCCGAGUUCACGGAGCUCUUGUCUAGGAUGAUGGAAAAAGACCCUAACGACAGGCCAUCUGCACGCGAGAUUAUGCAAGACAAGCUCUUCAAGGAAAGGCAAAAGCCAAAACCAAUGCCAAAUAUCAGAUCUCCGGACGACUACGGCAGCGAAGAUUAUUAUGAUAUGGGUGCCUUUAAUAUAAGGAGCGCUCUUCAAACUAUCAAUGACACCGUGCCGGGUAGGAAGUUCGGAGAUAAGAAGCCCGUGCCCAAAACCUAGACUACGUGCUGAUAAGGAGGGUGGGGCGGGCGGCAUCAGGUGACAAGAUUGGUGACGAUACAA